GUGGAGCGCAGUCGCGGAGGAGGAAGGCGAACGCGGCAGGACUAUCUGGGGGCGACGUCAGAAGUUAAUAGUUCCUGCUUCACUAUAUUUUGGACGUUUUCCACCCAUUUCAAUAGAAUCAGGUCCUUGCUUCGGCUGCUGUUACUAUGGCGGAGGCCCACCAGGCAGUGGCUUUCCAGUUCACUGUCACUCCAGAGGGCAUCGAUCUGCAGCUGUCUCACCAGGCUCUCUCUGAGAUCUACCUCUCUGGAGUCCGCUCAUGGAAGAAGCGCAUCAUCAGAGUUAAGAACCGAGUGAUCUCAGGUGUGUAUCCUGCUAGUCCUUCUUCAUGGCUUUUUGUGGUCAUAGCCAUCCUGGCUACCAUGUACACCCGCUCAGACCCCUCCAUGGGACUCAUAGCCAAGAUCCAGGAGCAUCUGCCUGUCAGCAAGAUGAGCACACAGUACCAAGCAGUGAUGUCAGCAGUGUUGUUCAGCACAUUAUUGUGGCUGCUCCUCAUCUUCACUAUGCGGCUGUGCCUCAAGCAGCUGCUCUCCUACCACCGCUGGAUGUUCGAGCAGCAUGGAAAGAUGUCCACCACCACCAAAAUCUGGGUGGCUCUGGUGCGGAUCUUCUCUGGCAGAAAGCCUUUGCUCUACAGCUACCAGGGAUCCCUGCCAAACCUGCCUGUACCUGCCGUGAAGGACACAGUCAAAAGGUUCCUUGAAUCUGUGCGCCCACUGAUGGACGAUGCAGAAUACGAGCGAACAAACAAUCUGGCCACUGAGUUUGAAAGCAGCCUUGGUAAACGCCUUCAGUGGUACCUGAAGCUCAAAGCUCUCUGGGCCUCAAACUACGUUAGUGACUGGUGGGAGGAGUACGUUUAUCUACGUGGACGAAGCCCCAUUAUGGUCAACAGUAACUACUAUGGCAUGGACUUUCAGUAUGUGACUCCUACACCCAUCCAGGCCGCCAGGGCGGGGAACGCCAUUCAUGCCUUCUUCCUUUACCGCAGGAAACUCAACAAAGAGGAGAUAAAACCUAGUCGCAUCCCAGGCACUGUCAUUCCUUUGUGCUCAGCUCAGUGUGAGAGGAUAUACAACACUACACGCAUUCCUGGGGAGGAGACUGACACUGUUCAACACUGGGAGGACAGCGACUACAUUGUGGUGUACCACAAAGGUCGUUACUUCCGUCUCAGGGUGUACCAGGGGGGCAGGAUCCUUUCUCCAAGGGAGAUCGAGUUUCAGAUCCAAAGGAUCCUUGACGACACCACAUCACCUUCCAAAGGAGAGGCCAAACUAGGCGCUCUUACAGCUGGAGAAAGAAUCCCAUGGGCUAAAGCCAGAGAGAAAUAUUUCAGCAGCGGGCUCAAUAAACGCUCUUUGGACUGCAUUGAGAAGGCUGCCUUCUUUGUCACCCUGGACGACGAUGAGCAGGGAAUGAUGGCUGAUAAUACAGCAGAAGGUUUAGAUCGCUACGCCAAGUCCUUGUUGCAUGGAAACUGCUAUGACAGAUGGUUCGACAAAUCAUUUUCAGUCGUUUUCUACAAGAAUGGAAAAAGCGGCAUAAACGCAGAGCACUCCUGGGCAGAUGCACCUGUAGUAGCACAUGUAUGGGAGUACGUUCUUGCUACUGAUAGUUUCCAGCUUGGUUACAACGCAGAAGGACACUGCAAAGGGGAGGUAGACUCUUCUCUGCCUCGACCACAGAAGCUUAACUGGGAAAUUUCCUCAGAGUGUGAGGAGCAGAUCUCCCGCUCCUUAGCAGUGGCCCAGGCGCUGGCUGACGAUGUGGACUUCCAUGUUUUCUCCUUCCGAGAAUUUGGCAAAGGAAAGAUCAAGAAGUGUCGAGUCAGUCCUGAUGCUUUUAUACAGAUGGCUCUUCAGCUGGCUUACUUCAGGGAUCGAGGGACGUUUUGUUUGACAUACGAAGCCUCCAUGACCCGUCUGUUCAGGGAGGGCAGGACGGAGACUGUUCGCUCCUGCACCAGCGAGAGCAGUGCCUUUGUUCGAGCUCUACAUGGUGGAGAGCCAGCAGACGUGUGCCGACGCUUGUUCCGUGCAGCGUCGGAUAAACACCAACAGCUGUACCGAAUGGCGAUGACUGGAGCCGGGAUUGAUCGACACCUGUUCUGCCUCUACGUGGUUUCCAAAUACCUCGGAGUAGAGUCUCCCUUUUUGAAAGAGGUUCUGUCUGAACCGUGGAGACUGUCUACAAGCCAGACUCCCGUCCAGCAGGCGGAGCUGUUUGACUUGGUUAACCACCCAGAGUACAUAUCCUGUGGAGGCGGCUUUGGACCAGUGGCUGACGAUGGUUAUGGAGUGUCCUACAUGUUUUUAGCAGAAAACAUGAUGAAUUUCCACAUCUCAUGUAAACAUUCAUGUUCUGACACUGAUGCCCAUCGCUUUGGUAACCAGAUCAAGGUAGCCCUGCGUGAUCUUCUAAAUCUGCUGGAUCCCCUCUCAAAGGAGCCCAGCAAGAAGGAAGAGAGCAAAGCUGAGGUCAAAAAAGAGAAGUAGAUUCUUUAUUUGAAGUAAAGAUGCUGGGAAACAGAUUGCAGGUAUUUCUUCACACACUGAGGGGCCUAAACUGUCAGGUGGAUGUUUUCUGUUUUUCUCGUUUAAAGGGUCUCUUUGGGAACAGUAUAAUAAUGCAGAUAGUUUUGAUUGAGGUAGCUAUAAAUGUGUGUGAGUUAAAAAUGAAAAGGUCCAGAGAGAACUAAGUGGGGAACUAGUUGAAUUUUACCAGGUAAACAAAAUAAAGCUGUAUAAUCCUUUGUAUUGUGAUGUUGGGUCAUUAUAAAAAAAAGGCCAGUAUGCUUAUCCGCACCCCUCCAGCGUUGGGAUAAAACAUCCUGACGUGACUCAACUGCAGGGACUGAUUUUAUUUCAUCUUCUAAUAAAGUAAGUUUUUAUUUUGUCGAUUUUUACCACUAACUUUCUUGGUAGACUGUCUGGAGUAUGUAAGAAAUAUUGACUGUAAGGUUUUAAGAUUUUAAGGAAAAAUGUGCAGAACCAUUAAGGUGAUUUCAUUUUCUACCAUCUGAAUGAAGAGUGGGAGCCUGUGUUUUCAAAAAAGCACAGAGGUCUGUGACUCCUGUGUUUAUAAAUCAGCUUUUUAUAAAUAUAUAAAGUUCCUGAUAGUGAGGCUGUGGUGAUUACCAGGCGGGUUAUUGAUGUAUUUCAUUUGCACACUUCUCUUAUAUUCACUGGUGUUUUUAUUUCUGUCUUUUUACAUUUGUGUUAAAUUAGUGCCAUAACAAUGCAAGCUAUAUUUAUGAGUACAUUGUUACAUCACUCUGCAGUGCUGCUGGUCAGAUGUCCAUCAGAAAUUAAAUAUGUCGCCAGAGACACAAAUUCCUGUUCAUUUGUUUGUUUUCUGCCUAACAAAUCACUUUGUCAUAUUUUAUUUUGGCUAUUGUAAUGCCUUUCAAUGCAACACUAUAAGGGAACAAUAAAAUAUUGAUUAAAAAAA